UGAGUAUCGUUGUAAAACAUCAUCGAUUUGUUACUGUUUUGAUUUAAACCGGUAUUUUAGUUUAUUUGUUCUAUUAUUUGCUCCGACUGAUACUUAGAGAUGGAUCAGUGUGAUUUUAAUUUUAGGUGUGAAGUUUUUGCUCAUUCUAACGAUGUGCGGGCAGUAUGUGUAAUGGACAAUGCGAUUGUCAGUGGUUCUAGAGACUUGACAGCUAAGCUGUGGGCUGAAAUCAGGGGAUGUUAUGAGUCUUGUGCCUCCCUUAAAGGGCAUAGUAAUUAUAUCUCAGCUGUCUGCGUGCUUGUGAGUAGUUCACAGUUUCCCCUUGGUCUGAUUCUUACUGGUGGUCAUGAUCACAAGAUUUUUGGUUUUCUCCCAUAUACACAAGAACCAUUAUUGACUCUAGAAGGUCAUUCUGGUCCAGUGUGCUGUUUGUCACCUUCUUUGAAAACCGAUUUUGUACUUUCAUCAUCAUGGGACUGUACUGCAAAAAUAUGGGAUGUAUACAGACAGUGUUGUGUAUUCACUAUAUAUGGCCAUAUGCAGACAAUAUGGGCUGUUAUUAACAUUCCUACUGAUUAUAUUGUCACAGGGUCUGCAGAUAAAACAAUCAAAGUUUUUAGUUCUGAUCUAGUAAAUAUACACACAUUGUCAGGUCAUUCUGAUUGUGUGAGAGGGCUGUCAUAUUUACACGAAACUCUAGUCAUAUCAUGUAGUAAUGAUGGUUCUUUAAGAACAUGGAAUGUUAAGGAUGGCAGUUGUUUGUCUAUUUUGGAAGUGCAUUCAAAUUAUAUUUACAGUGUUAAGGCUGUUUUUGAAAAAGAUCUCAUUGUUGCUGGCUGUGAAGAUAAAACUCUUUGUAUCAUUUACAAAGGCAAACAACAGAAUAUAGUGUUGCCUGCACAAAGUAUAUGGACAGUGGAUAUUUUGCCUAACUUAGACAUUGUAACAGGAUCAAGUGAUGGAUAUAUCAGGAUAUUCACUAGUUCAAUCUCCAGACAAGCUUCAGCCAGAGAGUUAGAAGCAUUUGAGAAACAGCUUUCUGGGCAAAAGUCUUGGGCUGAACCAGUUAGUGAUGUAAACAAGUUUGUUCCUGCUGAACAAGUUACCGAUGAGGGUGAAUUUGAUGGUCAACUGAAGUUUGUAACAGUGCUUGAUCAUAUAAAAUGUUUUAAAUGGUCUCAAAGUGACAGUCAGUGGUUUCCACUUGAGAAUGUGACAAAUUCUGAACAGGAGAGUGAUACUCAGAGUGGUUUUUAUGAAGGCAAGGUGUAUGACUUUCUUUUUGAUAUUUUCAUUGAGGGUGACAUUACCAGUCCUUUCAAAUUGCCGUACAAAAUUGGUCAAGAUAUAUCUACAGUUGCUCAAAAUUUUAUUCAUAAGCAUCACUUGAAUCCUGAAUUCAGUAUGGUAGUUAAGAAUUUUUUGGACAGAUCAAUUCAAAAACCUAUAGAAUACAUGGAGACACCAGAACUUAAAGAUAAAAUGUUUGAGUUGUUUUCGAUUCCUGGCACAUUUAUACUUUUCAAAAAGUUUGAUCAAGAAACUGUUAUAGAGCGAUUAGAUGAUUAUUGGCAACAACAAAGGCUUUCAAAAACAGUGUCAUUGCAAUUUAUGAAGGGACUAAUGACACUUCCAAAUGAAAAUUUGGAUCCAAUGCUUAUAGAUUAUGGUGUUCAGCAAUUGGUAACAUUUAUAAAUAUGUGGCCAAAAUGUAUAGUUUAUCCUGUUUUGGAUGUCACAAGGAUAGCUCUAAUAAGGCCAAAAGUAAACAAGUAUAUUUUUCAAGGUCAGCUGGCUUUAGACUUGUUUGAUAGUUUUAAACAAUUCAUGGAUGAGAAUUGCAGCCAUAACAACAGAAUGCUUGUAUGCCGCAUAUUGUGCAACAUGUUUUCUUCAGUAGAAGGCAUCAACUUCGUAUUUGCUCACAAAGAAUUUAUAUUUUCUCAUUUACCAAUGUCAAAAUUUUCUGAGAAACACAAAGGAUUUGAGAUAGCACUAGCAUCAUUGUUGUUAAACUUCUCUGUUGAAGCUAUAAAGAGAAAGGAUAUUAUUUGCUUAACACUCUGCUAUGACAUCUCAGAAUCUGUAUUAAUGUCAAUAAAAGAGGAAGAAGCAGUUUUUCGCCUGUUAGUAACUAUUGGGACAUUAUGUUUAUCUUUAAAGAAAAAACUUUACCCAAGCCGAUUGUUUGAUCAACUUAAAUUCAUUGCUUCAUGGAAGAAUAGAGAUAAUGAUGCAAGUCAAAAAGCUGCACGCUGUGCUAGUUUUCUUAUCUCACAAAAUGUUUCAUUAGUUUUAAAAAGGGAUUCCAGUUCAGAUGACUAGAACUACUAAGGACGGAUGUUAUAAUUGUUAACAAUUUUAUAUGGCUUUGACAAAUUUGUAUUAAAUUCCUAAAUUUGGUGUAUCAUAAUAUAUUUUUUUUUAUUUAA